AUUUGAAUUCGUUAAUCAUUAUUGCUCUGCAAAGUGGCUUAUUGUAAUUUACUGAUUCCUAGUAACAUACUAUUUAUGAAUAUAUCGGUCAAUCAUCUAAAUUUCUAGUUCAAAUAAUAUCCAUAUCUUCCAGCACCUUUUGCAUUCAGGUGAUAUAAUGUGCGUACAGCUGGCCAGGGCCCUUUCACACCACUUCACAUUUACCCCUACUGACUUUCUUCAACUAAGUCAGUAGUCUGAAUUAACCACCUCUCGUUAAAAAAUAGUACCUAGUAAGUGUUCGUGGGAAGCAUACACUCAAGUCCCCGAAGCAGAUUAAUAUGCACAUUUGUUUGAUUUGAGUCAGUCCAGUGCGAACGAUUAAUCUAUUAGCAACUCAACUCUAUCGCGAGGCCAGUACGUAGUUAAUUGUGUUGAGUUCCUUUCAUCAUUGUGCUGAAAAUUACAGCUGAUAAUGAACAGUUUAACUACGCAAAUUGUGUUAGUGGUUUUGGUUUUUGGAGUUUUGACCGUUUAUGGUCAAACCGAUUCCAAACCUUACACACCAUCCAAUGGAACAGCUUUCGAAGAAGUGCUUGUCGAGACAUCGCUCUAUGUAAAAAGGCCAAGCAAGUUGCUACGACGUCAACAGCUGAGAGCACAAGAGAAAGGUGACUCCAGAGUGAAACGCGACAUCAGCCAUUCGACUGAUCACGCGAAUUCGUAUCUGAAAUCAAAUGCCCUGAACCCCGCUGCCGGACACCAGAAACAAACCAAAGACAACUUCAUCCAAUCAUUUUUUGAUAAAGGCUUCAAUAAUGGCGCUUCAAAAGCAGAGCAACGUGCUUUCUACAAACAAAAACCGGUUGUAGCAGCGAAGAAGUCGACCGGUAAUCAACUUGUAUGAGCCUUGAACGCCUUGUGCUCCGGACGUGUCACUUCAAACGAAAUGCAAAUUUUCCUUCAAACACUGGAAGCCGCAGUCCGUUAAUUCGUUGUUAGUUUUUACAUACUGUUUUUCUUCUUAUCUUUACAUAUAACUAAUCGUUCAGACCGCGGUUAUAUGACUCAAAUGAGCUCAACACUAAUAAAACACUUAGAAAGAAGAGUAUUGCGUGACUUUCAAAGCUAACAAACGGUUCAAGUAUCCAUGUUCCUAAAUCCUGCUAAUUUAUGAUUUCCAAGUAUACGUAAAAAAUAUUCCGACAGUCAA